AUGUUCUACUACUACUGUUACCUCUACUACAUCUACUACUACUACUACUACUACUAUUACCUAUGUUGCUACAUCUACUACUACUAUUACCUCUACUACUACAACUAUUACCUAUGUUGCUACAUGUUCUACUACUAUUGUUACCUCUACUACAUCUACUACUACUACUACUAUUACCUCUACUACUACUACAACUAUUACCUAUGUUGCUACAUGUUAUACUACUACUGUUACCUCUACUACAUCUACUACUACUACUACUAUUACCUCUACUACUACUACAACUAUUACCUAUGUUGCUACAUCUACUACUACUACUAUUUCCUCUACUACUACAACUAUUACCUAUGUUGCUACAUGUUCUACUACUAUUGUUACCUCUACUACAUCUACUACUACUACUACUACUAUUACCUAUGUUGCUACAUCUACUACUACUACUGUUACCUCUACUACAUCUACUACUACUACUACUACUACUAUUACCUCUACUACAACUAUUACCUAUGUUGCUACAUGUUCUACUACUACUACUAUUACCUCUACUACAUCUACUGUUACCUCUACCACAUCUACUACUACUACCUCUUUUGCUACAUCUACUAA